UAAAGAAUCAGCAGAGCCUCCACGCAAACAGAAAAUAAGUUCAUUGUUAUGACAGUUUGAUGACUGUCUUCACUUUGUUUCACUCUCAACGAGAUUAAAUUAUGAACUUUACUCGAAUUAUUCAACUCCCUUCAUUAUUCGUUGAUUGUAUGUAAAUCCGUAACACUUGUUACGUUUAACGCAUUCGUCGUUUCAAUUUUCUUCGAACAGAUAAAACAUGCUCUUAUUGGAACGUAUCCCAGAUCAAAUUGGAUAUUUGAUUUUAACAGAGGAUGGGGCUGUAUUAACGUCUGGUGGUGAAUUAGAAAAUGAUGAAAAAAUUGCAAACAUUAUUGUGGGUUUAGUCACACUGACUAAUAAAAUCGAUUCUAAAGGAUUUCCCAACAACGAGGCAUUUGAUAAAAUAUCCAUAACAUAUCCUGACCAUUGCUACAUCAUUUGCCUUUCAAAUAAAAAGAUACAUGUAGUAAAGAAGAGAUUGGUUUCUACAACUACCGCAAUUAUGGAACAGCAACCUAUUAUCGAUGUAUUGUAAUAAACGAUGUUACGAUUUGUAUAUGUAUCAAAAUAAUAAUAUAAAUGCAACAUGUACAAAACUCAUUUCUUAAAGGCAGUAAAAUAGUUGAAAUGAAGAACAACGAAGAUUAUACUAUGUUGAAGGAAGAGGAUCCUCUAACACGGAUUAAGUGGAAUGAAAAUGAUUGGUCAAAAUUUGGAAUAUUCAGCUAUUAAAAAAUGUUAUUUUAAAAUUAUUAAAUUGUAUAUUACAUGGAAUGCAUCAUUGUAAGUGGAGAAAACAAAGGAUUAAAGAAGCAACUUAUGUUAAACACAC